GGCGGCUGAGUUUAGAACGUUUGCGAGACCUGGUGGUACGAGGAGGUUCCUGCUUCAACAGUGAUUGGACGGAACCCACCCAUCCUGCUUGGGCCCUACCGACUUCUCGGCAUUCACCCAGUAGCACCACCGCCGCCGCGCUGCCAUGGCUUCCUCCCCUUCUCAGGUGCGCCAGAACUACCAUCAGGAUUGCGAAGCAGCCAUCAAUCGGCAGAUCAACCUGGAGCUGUACGCUUCUUACGUGUACCUCAGCAUGUCUUACUAUUUUGACCGCGAUGAUGUGGCUCUGAAGAACUUUGCCAAGUACUUCUUGCACCAAUCCCACGAGGAGCGUGAGCAUGCGGAAAAACUCAUGAAGCUGCAGAACAAGAGAGGUGGACGCAUCUUCUUACACGAUAUCAAGAAACCAGAUCGUGAUGACUGGGAGAAUGGACUGACAGCAAUGGAGUGUGCUUUGCACUUGGAAAAGAAUGUGAACCAGUCACUACUGGAUCUACACAAACUAGCAACUGACAAAAAUGACCCUCAUUUAUGUGACUUCAUUGAAACUCAUUACUUGGAUGAGCAAGUUAAAUCCAUCAAAGAGCUGGGUGACCACGUGACCAACUUGCGCAAGAUGGGAGCACCAAAGUCUGGGAUGGCAGAGUAUCUCUUUGACAAGCACACUCUGGGAGAAAGUGACAGUGAGAACUAAAAACCUUCCAUGAAUGCCACAAUGGGACUCUUAUCUUCAGUUGUGCAUGCUUCUUUGGUUUAUCCCUAAUAUUUCCAUAAUUGUAUAAAAUCUACUGUUCUUAUGUGUUAUAUCUCAUGCCCAAUAAAGUGACCAGGUUCUAAUUA